CCCAAAGCCAAGCCCUUGAGAGGCUCCCCGCGGCGCAUACAGCGAGCGCGAACUCGCCCGCCGACUGCGCCACAGCUUAGCAAAAAGCUCGUUGGCAGCAGUAGUCCAAGUCUGAACGCCCGGGCCUGCGGCACCGGCCCAAACAAAACACUGGCCAACCCAAGCCGAGGAAGCAAAUCGCAGCGGGGAGUACCGGCCACGGGAUACGCCCCUUCCAGGAUAGCCUAGAGAAGCAAAAUGGGCCGCGGCGCCGGCCCCCUCCUCGACGACGACGAUGAGGACGUCGCGCUACGUAGAUCAGGCCUCGCCUGCGUUUUUACAAGAGAGGGCUCGAUGAUGAACAACGGGCGCUGGGUGAAAGUAGCCGCGGACCUCGAGAACCUCACUCUACGCUUAGAUAAUCGAGCGUUGGCUGGAUCUACUAGAUCGAGAUCUUCAGAAGUCUACAACAAGGAGAUGCAGAUCCACCGGGGCACCAAGGUCGAGCGCGCGCCGCAGCCGUCGCGGCCCUUUGUCUUAGCCGUGUCCAAUUUCAAAGGAGGGAAAGACAGAAGACGAUUGCUCGACUUCCUGACGAGGGAAGCUGGUGAUGCGUGGUUCGACCUGCUCUACAAGGUGGCUACCACAGAUUUGAACACUCUCUUAGAGCCGCUGAUGGAGGCUCGCGAUAAACGCAGAGACGCGGUACAAUUAGAGGAGGCCCUGGCGGCGCGGCCGGCGCGGGUGGAGGACGCCCUAGAAGCUUUAAGGAGAGGUAGGCUGCCGGCGGACUUUGUUGCUAGAGAUGCGUCGGGGCGAGCCGUGACGGCUUUAUUAGCGGCGGCUAGAGCUGGCCGAGCGGAUAUCGUGGAAGCGCUCGUGGCUCUGGGCGCGAGACCGGACGGUCCUCCAUUACCAGUCGUGGCUGAUAGAAGGCCCUCUUCCCCGGACCGAAGACUAGAAAGACAGAGAUCCGGCGGCUCGGGCUCGGGCAAGGAGGUUUCCGACGCGCCGCCGCCGCCGUCCUCGGAGGACGGCGUGCCCACCGUCGAGGAGACGCCCCUACUCGGGGCGACGCGCGCCGACCGCCACGAUGCUGCUGCUGCUUUAUUAAGGGCGGGUGCUGAUCCCACACUAGGUGAUGCUCGUGGAGCGAAGGAGACGCCAUUAUUAUGCUGCGCGCGGCGGGGCUCCGCGGAGAUCGCCCGAGCUUUGCUACGAGCCUUGGCCGGUAGAGCAGCGGCGGCGGCCGACGACGCCCGGCGCCUCAAGCUGCUGUGCCACGUGGAUAGGAGAUUCGGCCUCCACCCCGAGACGGCUUUGGAAGCAGCAGCGGUGGCCGGCCACGCGGCCGUCGUCGUCGCGUUGUGUGCCGGUGCCGAGUGCAAGGGCGAGAACGGUCAAGUGCACGUGUGUCGGGCCGACGCGACCCUCAGAAAUCCGUCGGGCCGGACGGCGAUGCAUCUGGCCUGUGAUCGGGGGCGGGCGACGGUAGUAGCGCCUCUAGCGGCCGCGGGCGCCGACCCCGACGCGCUAGAUCCGGACGGCCUCGCGCCCCUGAGCAUGGCGGCGCAGCACGGCCACGUCGCUUGUGUUGCGGCUUUGUUGCAGCGAGAUGCGACGGCACCUUUAGAUCCGCAGUUACUGCAGGGCGCGGAUGCGGAAAGAGCUGGGAGGUUAGUUGUCGCUACUGAUGCCCUGCGAGUGGCUUUAGGUGCCGACACAUUCGACGCCAAAGGGGCUGCGGACCUCGCGAAAGCCGUCCGAGCAGAGAUCAAGGCCGGCGAACUGCCGCGGACCGCGGGUGCUGCUCUCGCGAACUUUCCCGCGGACGUGGCCCAAGCGGCGGGUCGGAGGGACUCUGCCUUGCUAAGAUGCUGCGACGCGGGCGACGGCGCCGGCGCCGACUUAUGGCUCACGCUGGGCGCGGACGUGAACCACGCGGACCAUGGGAUAGAGAGAAGAACACCAUUGAUGGCCUGCGCGGCUCGCGGAGAUACACAAUUAGCUUCCGCCUUACUAGCGACGGGCCGAUGCGCCGUGGAUGCUGUUGAUGGAAAAGGCUGCACGGCGCUCAUACGAGCGGCGGAGGCCUCGGCGUCGUGUCGGGCCGAUCCCGUGCGACAAGCUGCUGCUAGACGAGUGGCCGACCUCCUACUAGAGCACGGCGCCGACCCGCUGGCCGUGGACGCCAAAGGUAGAAGCCCACUGAGCCUCGCGGCGGCGGACGCGCGCGAUCAUAGGUUAGUGGCACGCAUGCUCGCGUUUCCCAAGGUCCAUGCGGACUUCGCCCAUGGUGAUGAUGAGGCCACGGUGCUCAUGUUGGCGUCGGCGCUGCCGGAGGCGUCUUCCGUUUUAAGGACGUUGUUAGGUGCUCCGGACCUCGCGGCCGACUCGGGAUUGAAAAACAUGCGAGGCAGAAGAAAAUCGGCAGCAACGUGCGCGCGCGCCGAUCUGAGGAGAAAGGACGCUCGGGGUCGAACGGCGCUCUUCUACGCGGCCGAGGCCGAUCGCGCCGAGAACGUUGAGCUCUUACUCAGUCUGGGGCGGCGCGCGUCGUCGACCGCAACCGACCGAGGCGACGUCCUGGACCAGAUGCUCGAUGUGGACGAGCGGGACGCGGCGGGCCAGACGGCAUUACGGGUGGCGACGGCGGCGGGCGCGCGAGGGGCGGUUGGUGCGCUCUUGCGUUUCGGCGCGUCGGCGUCGGAUGCGGAACGAGCGGCACUCCAAUCGGAGGACGACGAGGAGCAGCUCGUCAAGUCGCCGGGGCCGCCCUUACCCACAAUUCCGGAGACGGCGGCGCCCAUCGCGCGCACGCUCGGAAGGUUUCGCGCAGCCGUGGCGAACGGAGAUGACAACUUGGUGUUGCGGUACGUGGCGCGGGGCAACUACGACGUCGACGAGCCGACGAGCGCGGAAGAUGGCGCGCGCACGGCGCUGAUCGUCGCCUGUGCCUUAGGGAACGCGGCCGGCGCCGCUCGACUGUUAGAUGCUGGUGCUGAUGCCAACGGGAGGGACGCGUCGCGAAGGACGCCUCUAUUAGCAGCAGCGAGAUCGGGCGCGUUAAUUGACGCGACGGCGAAAAGACGGGGCGACGCGACCGAUCGAAGCUUAGCUGAAUUACUGCUCGAUGCGGGUGCUGAUGCUACUGCUGCGGACGGUUUGAGGAGGGAAACGGCAUUACACGUCGUCUGCGGCAGCAUGGAGGACAUCCUGUUCAUUGGGGGUGCCCGUCGUAGAAGGGAGGCGGCGGCUUUGUUGUUGGAACGAGGCGCGGACCCAGAAGCCGUCGAUGCCGCGGGCCGGACGCCCCUACUCCUAGCGAGCGGCGAGUGGCCGCCCUGCGACACGGCCGACUACCUGGUCGAGGCGCCGGCCACACCUAAUGACUCGACGCCGACGACGCCGACCGUUUCAAAAAAGAGCGGGCCGCAGGACCUCUCCGAGCUCAUCACGAAGUCCCACUCGAAGCUCGCUUCUCAUAAUUUGGUGGUCACGGGCGACGACACGAAGCCGGCGGACCAUUCGACCUGCGAAGCGCCCCACGCCGAUGCUGUGUUGGAGGCGUUGUUAGUGCGGGCGGCGUCGGUCGACCUUGAUAGGAGACACAACCUCAAGGCGAACCGGAAGACGGGCGCGCCGGCGCGCGUCGCGACGGCCUUGGGCGAGGCCUGCGUGGCCGGGCGCAUCGUGGCGGUCAAGGCCUUGUUGAGAGCUGGUGCGGGCCCCGACGCCCCUGCUGAUGGAAGAGACAGAACAGCUUUGGCCCUCGCGGCGAUGAGCGGCCGCGCGCAAGUCGCUAGACGAUUGUGCGAGGCCGGGGCCGAGCUCGCGCGGGCGCCCCACGCGGAUGGUGGGAGAACAGCUUUACAUCACGCCGCGGCGCGGGCGCACCCCGCGGCCGUCGCCGUUUUGUUACGGGCGGGCGCGCCGUCCUUCGCUAGAGAUUUAAGGGGACGCACGCCCUUGGACGGCUGCGGCGUCACGGGCGAGCAGGACGUCGAGGUCAUCGUGGCCGGCCCCGAGGCGCCCGAGCGCGCGGCGCCGGACCCGAUGCGGAUCCGGUCGGUCGGGUCGGGGGGCGGCGACGAUUUGGGACGGCCCUUUGAAGAUAGAGCGGCGGCCUGCGCGAAUAGAUUACUAGCGUUGCGCUUCGCCGUCGACUGCGGCGACUUCCGCAAGGUCAGUGAUUUGGUGGCGUCGGGCGCGUUUUCCCUGGAACAUGGGGCCGGUCCCCGGGCCCUGGAGAAGGCGGCCAAAUUAGGAGACGCCGAGGGCGUGGACAUCAUUUGCGACGCGUACCCCGGCGGCGCGCCGCCGCCGGCCGUCGCGGCGGCGGCCUUAGACGCCGCGGCUGCUGGUAGAAGGGCCUACGCGGCGGCGGCGUUAUUCAGGAGGGGCUGCCGCCCGGCGGCCGACGGAAAAGCGGCUGCUGCAUUAGCAGCUCUAGCUGUCGACGUGGGCAACGACGAGUUGCUCCGACUAGCGCUGGACGCGGGCGCCGACGCCGCCGCGCCGACGACCGGUUUACCUGUGGAUGACUCAACACCAAAGUCGAGCUUUCUAUCUGAGUUGUCUACCGCCCAGAAGCGCAUUCGAGGCGACGAGUCCGAGGAGGAAGUGCCACCUUUAUCGGCGGCGGAGCAGCGCGACUACUAUGCUACGGCAUUAUGGGCGGCGCGGAGCGCGGGCGCGCCGACGUCCGACUUGGUCGGCGAUCCAAGGGAGGCGCAGACGCCCCUCUCUGCUUUAUCUAGAGCUGCCGCCGCUCCUAGACCGCGCGGGCCGCGCGCAUUAGGUGUUCUACUGGACGGCACGCCGCGCGCCGCGCAAGCUCUGAGGAGAGCCCUGCGGAACGCGUCCCAGGGGUCAGAUGUCUCACCAUUACACGCGGCGGCGGCGGCGGACGCCGUGGAUGCCCUCGCGACUUUAGUACGGGCCUGGCGCCGCGAGUGCGCGACGGACCCGGGUCGGGACAAUGCCGGGGCGUUCGCCAGGGACGGCGGCAAAAGAACACCGCUGCACGUCGCUUGCGCAUUAGGGGCGUACGACGCCGCCGCGACGUUAGUAGCAUUACAUGCGGGCGACGAAGCUGCGAGAAAGGCUCUACUCGCAGCCGAGGACGCGCGGGGCCAGAGACCCCUACAUAGGGCAGCUAGAGCGAACGACGGCGCCGUAGCUUCAUUAUUACUAGGUGCGGGCGCCGACAGCGAAGCGACGGACGACGCGGGGCGGACAGCGAGAGACGCGUGUGCUAUUGGGGCCGCGUCGGCCGCCCGUCGUUUAGAUGCCAUGCGCCGCGCGGUGCGGGACGGCGACUUCGACAAGGCGUUAAGGCUGGUCGCUCGCGGUUGCUUUCCCAUCUCCUCGUCCACGAGGGAGGGCGAUACGGUGCUGACGCGGGCGGCCGCCGCUGGUAGAGGUGAUGUGGUGGAUGCCGCAAUAGCUUUAGGAGCCGGCCAAAUCGCCGAGUCGACCACCACGAUCCCCGAGAACGCCGCGGCGCCCGUCGUUUCGACGGGCGCACUCGUGUCUCCAGCUAGGCCAGACCGCGUCGGGCCCGAGGUGUUGCAAGCUCUUGGAGCGGCCGCAAAAGCAAGACAACUCCAAGCCGCGGAACGGUUGUUAGCCUCCGAUCCGAACGUGCGGCCGCGCGAGCACGACGCCGCACCUCUAUUGAGGGUCGCGGUCGCGAGAAGGCGGCACGCCCUGGCGGAACUACUGUUGGUGCGAGGCGUCGAGCCGUUGGCGCCGUGCGCGCCGGUGGCACGAGCGCGCGCCGGCGGCGACGUUUUACCAAAAGGCGAUUGUAGAGUUGCGGACAACGCAACGAGCCAGAUCGAGGUGAGUGACCCGGAACCGACGACGCCUUUUUUGGUGGCUGUGGAGUCGGGCGACUUGGCUGCUGUACGAGUGUUCUUAGACCAGCACAACGCCAUCUUUGACGUCGAUCAGGUCGCGAGAGACGGGUCGACAGCUCUCAUGACCGCUUUAUCCCAUGGUCAUGUGAGGGUCGCGCACGCUUUAGUGGCUGCGGGCGCGGACGUCACGGCCACGGACGCGAGGGGCAGAACCGCUUUAGAAAGGGCCUGCUUCGACCACGAGGCCUUGAAGGCUGACUUGCGAACAGUAGCGGCGGCCUGCGACCGCGCCGACUACCUCGCGCAGAGGAAGGCCGUCAAGGCGGCUCUAGACGAGGACGCGCGCGACUCGGAGAUCGAGAGCUCGCAGGAGGAGCCGCGCCAGGUGUCCGACGACGAGUCCGGCACCGUUACUCCGGCGACGCCGUCGCGAGGUGGUCGCAUUGCUGCUCUAGCGGCGGCCUUCGAGCGCGGUAAAUCUGGGUCGACGCCGCCGCCGUCGCCCGGGCGAAGGGCGUCCAUAACCUCGGACGAGGGGUUGAGCGCGACGGACCGGAGUUUGCUGGAUCGGGCCCUGGUCUUAGCCGUGCGGUUACGGGACGCGGACGCCGUUGAUAGAUUACUAGCGGCGGGCGCCGACGCUCUUGCCCCCGUCUCGGCGUCGUCGCCGGAGACGGCGCUCUGGAAGUCGUGUGCUGCGCCCGACCUCGCUACUCUGAGAGCUCUUGUGGCGCACGCGGGCGACGGCUUCGACGUGAACGUGGCCCACGGCGUGGUACGGGCGACGCCAUUAUGUGUCCUGGCGGCGUCGGGCGACGCCGACGCCUGCGCCAUCCUGUUAGAUGCGGGCGCGGACGCAUCAAUCAGAGACGCGCGCGGCCGCGGGCCGCUCUGGCACGCGGCGCACCGGGGCCACGGGAAUGUGAUUCGGUGCCUCGCGACGCGCCUCGAGAACGAAAGAGGUAGCGAUGUCGUGCGGAGUGUGGUAGAUGCGCGGGACUGCGACGGCAUCACGCCCCUGCACGCCGCGGCUAGAGUGGGUGCGAGGGCGGCCCUCGCCGCUCUCCUGGAGGCCGGCGCCGACGCCACGAUAAAGUGCGAGCAGGGCCGGACACCUAGGCAGCUCGCUAUUUUAGCCCAGCACAAGGACGCGGCGGCGCAGCUCGACGCCAUGUCGCUCGCGAUCGUCGAUGGCGACUACGCCGAGUGCAUCAGACUGGCGCGCAACGGCAACUGGCCCCUGGACUGGACGGCGGGCGCCGACGACGUCGAGGGCUACGAGGACGACGACGACGUGGGGGAGGCGCCGGCGCCGGCGCCGGCUCCCCAAACGCCCGAGAAGGACGACGCGCCGGCGCCGCCGACGUACGAGCCGUACGUACGCGGCGCCGCGGACGUGGAUGACGACGCCGACGCCGGCGGCGACGACGAUGCCGACGUGCGGCCGCCGACGCCUCCCGACGACGACGCGGCGCGGUCGCAGAACUCGCAGGACUUCGCGUACUAGUUGGCAGCUUCUUGGCCGUCGUAAAAUCUGGAUUUUGCU